CAAAAGGAGCUAAGCAUGAUGUCAGAUGUUAACCUUCAGCAUUUCUCUUUUCUCUGUUCCUCAUUCCCCCAUCCAGGAAGGGGAGUGCGUCUGUAUUAUAUCGGUGGGGAAGUUUUUGCCGAGUGCUUAAGUGAUAGCGCAAUCUUCGUGCAGAGUCCCAACUGUAACCAGAGAUACGGCUGGCAUCCGGCCACUGUGUGCAAAAUUCCACCAGGUUGCAACCUGAAGAUCUUCAACAACCAGGAAUUUGCUGCUCUUCUGGCUCAGUCUGUGAAUCAGGGCUUCGAGGCCGUGUACCAGCUUACCCGCAUGUGCACCAUCAGGAUGAGUUUCGUCAAAGGGUGGGGAGCUGAAUACAGGCGUCAAACGGUAACAAGCACUCCUUGUUGGAUCGAGCUGCACCUGAACGGGCCCCUACAGUGGCUGGAUAAAGUAUUGACUCAGAUGGGGUCUCCCUCAGUGCGUUGUUCUAGCAUGUCGUAAUCUCGGAGGGCUCCGAAGAUGGGAAGUCCCGACAACGGCUCGUUCUGUCACAGUCAACGCGUGCGUGGUCUCCAUGAACUGUUUUCCUAAUCCCCAAAAAAGUUCUGAGAGAGAGAGAGUAGAGAGAAAGCACUUGAGAAUCUCAUCAGUUUUCAAGCACCUUGUGGAUUUUGUUUCUUAUACUCUGAUACUAGGUGAAACGUUAGUGUAUAGAAACACCUUCUCCUGAAGGAGGGAGGGACAUUUAAAGACUUUUAAUGGUGGUUUUUUUUUAUUGGGUAUAUAA